AUGCACUUCCUCAUUGUACUGAACUUACCUCAAGGUGGUCCAAUACCAAAAUUACAACACUACCAACUUGACAAGUUUAUAAGGUCACAAAAACAGGACGCUGGAGACGACUGGUUUUCGGGUUUCUGGUUUCAAACGCCGAUACCCAGAGAUUGUACUAAGAGCGCCGAGACCAGCUUCGUUAGCAAGAACAAGAGGCUUUCACAAACCACAGGUGGAAUCGUUUUAUACUGACUAUUUGAACCUGAUAGAAAAAUACAACAACAAUAUAUAAUAUGGACGAGACAGGAAUGAAGAGCAGUACAACUAAGCUACCCAAAGUCUUGUCUAUCAAAGACAAAAGACAAGUUGGACUAAUAUGCAGUGCGGAAAAAGGCCAAUUAACCACUGUCAUAUGCUGCUGUAAUGCAUCUGGAACUUUUGUUCUACCUUUUUUCAUAUUUGCUCGCAAACGCAUGCAAGAACGACUGUUUUUGGCUUGGUUGCAUUUCUUUGUUGAAAGAGUUUGUCCCAGUGAGACUAGGCCAAUAUUACUGUUGCUAGAUAGUCAUGAGGCCCAUAAGUAUUAUACAGCCUUAGAAUCUGCAACAGAAAAACAUGUCACCUUUGUGUCUUUCCCCUAAAAAAGUAUUUUGAGCAAGAACUAAAUACUUUUCAAAAAAUGCACCCAGGGCGCAUUGUAAACCAAUAUGAUAUUUGAGGAGCGUACGCCAAAAGUGCUUCGGUUCAGAACGCAGUUAACGGGUUUAAAAAACCAGGAAUAGCACAUCCAACAUGUGCAGCGAAUCUUACACCAUUGCAAAUUAGACCCAUACCAGUUACGGCUGCUCCUAAAACAGAUUGCAAACAUAAAAGGCAAAAUUCAGAGGUGUUAACAUCUACAUAUACAUCCGUCAAGGCAGAUCAAGCUAUAAAAUUUAAAAUGCUGAAUGAUAAGAAAACGAAAAUUUCUGAGUUAUCAGGCUCCAGCAAGGCAAAUAAGAAACGAUGCCUUGAAGAACCGGACUAGAGGCGACAGGUUCUUGGGCAACGCAUUCAAGACCACAAUCGGCUAGACCAGUGACUAUAAAAAUCUCCGAUGUUGAAAUGAUUUCUUUGAAAACAAUCAUGGAUUUUUUUACGUAGACGAAGUCGCUGAACAGGAAAGUGCUAGAAUCAUUUUUGAUGACUGGAGUAUUACUUCCCCAGUAAAUCGACAAUUUUAGAAUGACAAUAUUGAAACAAAACUAGUAAUAUAUAUUUCGUUCGGCCGAUCAGACGGGCAACCGUAGACAGCUAUUUCGUGCUAUUUGGCAACACCUUAGCAUGGUGUAGGCCUGGUCUAAGCUUUAUCCGGAGUAAUAGGACUAUCGAAAUAGGACCGCACAAAGUGCCAUCUAUCACCAGAAUCGACGACUGCAAGAGUGACAAGAACAAGCUGUGGGUUGGAAGUAUCAAGUUCGCAUUCUCAUCCGGGUCUCCAUUGUGAUCGCUAGAUGUCGCGGAUUCUGAUGCUAUAGUAGAUACGUCUAC